AUGGCCAGUGGUGCGAGCUACCUGUCGUUAAGAUGGGUGAAGAGACAUUGCAGGGUGAAAGUCAUAGUAGCACCUCCAAGAACUCCUGCAGAGCAAGCGUAUGAUAUUUUGGCUAAGCAAGUGGCGGGUAUGUCAGCGGAGGAGGCUGCCAUACUCCUACGGCCACCACCUAAAAGGUGUAAAUCCCAUGCAAAGACUGAGGCGAAGGCACGGAUAACGUCGCUUGUUCGCCAGGCUGCGGCCGACGCAAAGAAUCUCAGAGCACCAUUGCACGGUUUGCAUUUUAUCCUGGCUUUGCCCGACGCUGGCUCGUCAGUGGCACUGAGGUUCACGGACGAGUGUCAAGGCGCACUUUGCUGGGCGUUGAUCGGGAAUCGACCCAAAGCCUCCGGUUCUAGCCUUCCUUUGGCUUCUAGUGCCUUGACAGCAGCGGAGGAUGAAGAAGAGUCUCCACGGCCUACGGCAAAACUCGAACACACACUCUUCGAUGAGUGGAUACACUCGACAGAGGCACAAGCUAUUCCAUUCGAGAUUACCAAGGUGUUGAAAGAGAAUCAGGCGGUCAUCCCCGAUAACGUACCUAAAGGAUUGCCGCCGAAGCGCCCUCAUUGCCACCAUAUCCUACUUGUACCUGGAAAACUUCCAGCGAGAUCUGUGAUUUACCGCAUGACCCCAGAUCAGCUCACAUUCCACAAACAGGAGAUAGCUAAAUUAGCGGACAAUGGUGGGAUCAGACCAACAUAUUCGCCUAUCUGCUCUCCUACGAUAGUGCUCGACAAGCGAGAUGAUGGCUCUGGGGAGCGGAAGAUGCGUAUGGUUGUUAACUACCUGGCUCUGAAUGCCCUUACAGUCACUCCUGAUUUUCCAUUACCUCCCAUUCAAACCAUUCUGGAGAUGCUGGGAGGAGCCAAGUACUUUUCCUCUUUGGACCUUGAAACAGGACUCCACCAAAUACGUAUGGCUAAGGAAGACCGUUGGAAGACGGCUUUCCGUCCCGUUCUAGGGCUAUUUGAAUAUCGAGUUAUGCCAUCUGGCCUUAAGGGUGCUCCAGCUACGUUCCAGGCCAACAUUAAUGCCUAUCUACAGCCUUUAUUAGGAUACGGUGUUAUUGCGUACCUAAAUGAUGUACUUAUUUAUAGUUCCGACCUCGCUGGACACGUUUCCCUCCUGCGACAAGUUCUCAGUGUUUUCCUGCAUAACCAAUUCUACCCAAAAUUCCGCAAAUGCAAGUUCGCUAGGCAAGCAAUCACAUAUUUGAGUUACACUAUCACUGCCGAAGGCAUCAAACCUGCAGAAGACAAAAUGGAAGCUAUCCGGCACUGGCCAGAGGUGCUGGAAAACGAAACGCAAGUGCGGUAG